AUGCUCACUUCCUGCUCACCGUUCCGCUUGGAGCAGGGCCACGGUCGGUUCUUGCCUGGCCCUGUUUCCCUUUCCGUUUCCGGUCACGGUCACGGUCACGGCCAUCAUCAUCAUCAUCAUCAUCAUCACAGCCGUGGCGCUCGCCCUCCGAGCUUCUUCGCUUCCCGUUCAAACCCCUACGAGAGCCCAUCCUCAUAUUCUCACUCCCGCACCCCUUCAUCGCCCAUCCGUACCACUCGCUCGCACCCGCGCCCUCGCUCAUCGAGCUCCAGCCAGCCAAUAUCCCCCUGCUUGGACAGCUUUUCCACAGCCGCCUGUCUCGGGCCUGUUUCUGAGGAGGAGGAGGUCCCCGUCCCUGGCUUGCAUCAUCACCCUCACCCUUCCUUCCCUGCCCGCCUUAAAGACCACCACCACCGCCACCACCAUAACUACCCCUCCUCCCCCUUGCCUCCCCUCCGCCUUGCCUGCACCACCUCCAAGCGUGCACCCACCUCGCUUCCAUUUUCGCGGACCCGUACGAAUCUUGACGAUUCCAUCUUAAAGCCCAUCGCCUCCACGCCGGAACCUUUAAGCUCUUGGUUUGAGCGUAGGAAAUCGGAAGAGCUGGAGCUGGUACAGAGGAGAAGAUUUCGACCUAAAAUGUCACCACCGCAGCACCAGCAGCAGCAGCAGCAGCAGCAGCAACAGCAACAACAGCAACAGAAGCCGCCGCCCUCGGUGGAUCCUCGACAGUACUGGGGUUACCUAAUAUCCCCGAGUAACCCAACCCAACCCACACCAUUAUUCCGGAAUUUACUGCUCUCGAUUGCAAAUUAUAUUGUAGGUUUGUUCUGUUGUCAUUUUUGCCCGCGAUUAUUCUUUUCCAAGGGAGGGGUUGUCGGGGAAAAUUCGGCUGCUGUGCGUGUGCUGUCCUUUUGUGUUCGGCAAACUGACGAUUCUGGCUUGUGUGGAUCGUAGAUCGAUUACUUGGAGCCGAGAGACAUUCGUUGCCUCACGCCCGAAAAGAUAUCUGGAUUCUACCGAUCGGUCGGUGGGGAUUUGGACGGUAAUAUGACCACCCACUACAGUUGGCUAAGGCCCCAAAUUACCCACGGCUAACCGUUGGGAGGUUCGCAGAACUCUUUCUUGGAACUCCGCCCGAGAAAUUGUCGGGCAUUUACACAACGCUAGGCUGCAAUCACACCUUGCAACCGAUACCCGAUGACGACUUUGUCCCACCGUCCAUUCCCGCGCUCACCCCUCGAGGGUUCGCGAUAUGGCAGACCAUUCAGUUGUUGCUAGAUCCGGAGGAGCAUGUCCCGUACCUGCAGGAGGCCGUGAGGAAGUUUCAGUUGGCUGAUCCCGAAACGGGAGAAUUGUUUCCCAAGAACAUCCCGAGUGAAGCCUUCCCUUCCAAGCCGGAUGAAGAGACGGUGAAAUGGCACGACGAUAUGUUUGAGAAGAAGUCACUGGCUGAGGGUACCGCUGCCGCCGCCGCCGCCGCUACUAUGCCCGGAACUAUGCCUGGGACCAUGCCUGGAAGUAUGCCGCCGGAGGAGCCGUCCUGGAAUGGCUAUCAUCGUGGCAGCUCACACCAGCAGUAUACAUCACCGAGUAGGCCGAAGCGAAGCCGCAGGAAGAGUGGGAGUAGGCAUAGGACUACGGUGGAGGAAGUUGUGGACGACGGAUUGUACGCUAGAGCACCACCGAUAAUCUCUCCAAUGGACCCGUACACUACACAUCACCAUGGACACCGAGCACACACUCACCACGUUGAGCCCUUCAACUCGGACACGGAGAGCCACCAGCACCACGGCUCCCGCAGCCACAGCCAACGCAGGAGAGAAUACCCGGUGUCGUACGUGAGCCAGAACGGCCUUGUAACGCCGUUGGUCCCAACCUACGCUAACGGCACAUCAACACUCAUGCCCGAGGCUACCCACAUGCAGACGGAUGAACUCUCGCCAGCUCUUGCAUACGGACGCGCCCGCUACACUUCCCCGCCGAUAGCGGUAGACCUUACAUCCUCCUGCUCCUCCUCGUACUCGGACCUGCACAACUCCAAUUCCUCCCCAUACCACCACUCCUCCACCCCAUCACCGCGUCACCAUUCCUCCUCCUACCACCCCCAUUCGGCAGCAGCCCCGGCCCCCUGUUCCUCAUCCCCACUCUACCCGGAACCUCACUUACGCAAGUCUGCCUCGGCAUAUUAUUACACCUCCCAUCCGCCCGCGCCCGUGCCCCCCUCGCGAUCCCGUUCGGGCGGCAGCAACCGUGGCCGUCGCCACUCACAUAUGAUCUCGGAUGACUCUGACAGCGGCGAGGAGUGGGUUAUGAGGGGCGGGAGGAUGAGGGAGGAUGACGAGGAGGAGAGGCACAGGAGGAAGAGCGAUCGAGCGCGGAGGGGGAAGGUGGAGAUUGAGGUGGAGUUUGGGCACGAGGGGGAGAGGGACCGUAGCGGUUCCUGGGGGGGAUACGAGAGGAAGAGCAGGAAUGGGAGGUACCCGGAUCGAGGUUAUAGUCAUGGGGGCCCGAGGCCCUUUUUU